GAGAGAAAGAAACGAAAUCAUUCGAUAUCAAAGUUUGGAAAGCUUCAUAGCCGGCUGCCCCGAACUUGCGUCAACCAACAAAUAAACUCUUUAAUUUCUUAUCAGUGUUAUAAAAACUAAAAUUCAAUAUGCGUGAAUGUAUCUCUAUCCAUGUCGGUCAAGCUGGUGUCCAAAUCGGUAACGCCUGCUGGGAAUUAUACUGCUUGGAACAUGGUAUCCAGCCUGAUGGUCAGAUGCCUUCCGAUAAGACUGUCGGUGGAGGUGAUGAUUCUUUCAACACCUUCUUCAGCGAAACUGGCGCUGGCAAACACGUUCCACGUGCCGUCUUUGUGGAUUUGGAACCCACUGUCGUAGAUGAGGUCCGUACUGGCACCUACCGCCAAUUGUUCCAUCCUGAACAAUUGAUUACUGGCAAGGAAGACGCUGCCAACAACUACGCCCGUGGUCAUUACACCAUUGGCAAGGAAAUUGUCGAUUUGGUACUCGACCGCAUCCGCAAGUUGGCCGAUCAAUGUACUGGUCUCCAAGGUUUCCUCAUCUUCCACUCUUUCGGUGGUGGUACCGGUUCCGGUUUCACUUCCUUGUUGAUGGAACGUUUGUCUGUCGAUUAUGGCAAGAAAUCAAAAUUGGAAUUCGCCAUCUACCCCGCUCCUCAAGUAUCGACUGCUGUGGUUGAACCCUACAACUCCAUCUUGACCACCCACACAACCCUGGAACAUUCCGACUGCGCCUUCAUGGUUGACAAUGAAGCCAUCUACGAUAUUUGCCGCCGUAACUUGGACAUUGAGCGCCCCACUUACACCAACUUGAAUCGUCUGAUUGGUCAGAUUGUAUCCUCCAUCACUGCCUCGUUGCGUUUCGAUGGUGCCCUCAACGUCGAUUUGACUGAAUUCCAGACUAAUUUGGUGCCCUACCCACGUAUCCAUUUCCCCUUGGUCACCUACGCACCCGUCAUCUCUGCCGAAAAAGCCUACCACGAACAAUUGUCGGUUGCCGAAAUCACAAACGCCUGUUUCGAGCCUGCCAACCAGAUGGUUAAGUGCGAUCCUCGUCAUGGCAAAUACAUGGCUUGCUGCAUGUUGUAUCGUGGUGAUGUUGUGCCCAAGGAUGUCAAUGCCGCCAUUGCCACCAUCAAGACCAAGCGCACCAUUCAAUUCGUUGACUGGUGUCCCACUGGUUUCAAGGUCGGUAUUAACUACCAACCACCCACUGUUGUGCCCGGUGGUGAUUUGGCCAAGGUACAACGUGCCGUCUGCAUGUUGUCCAACACCACUGCCAUCGCCGAAGCCUGGGCUCGUUUGGAUCACAAAUUCGAUUUGAUGUAUGCCAAGCGUGCUUUCGUCCAUUGGUAUGUCGGUGAGGGUAUGGAAGAAGGUGAAUUCUCCGAGGCUCGUGAGGAUUUGGCUGCCCUCGAGAAGGAUUACGAGGAAGUUGGCAUGGACUCUGGUGAUGGCGAAGGUGAGGGUGCUGAAGAAUAUUAAGCAAACGAAGCCGCCGCGUCCAGCAAAGAAGAAGCCCAUUUGAAGAUUCUAACCUAACCGAAAAAAAAACUUCAAAAAACCUUUAAAAACUUUGACGAAUCACUUUCUGUUUUGAAAAAAUGAGAAAAAAAAUUAAAAUGCAAUGAAAAAAAAGAAUCUUGAAAGAAGACACAAAAGAAUAAAUUCAACAUGAUUGCAAUUCUAUUAAAGAAA